GCCGGCGCCGAGCUGGCAGGCCGGCGGUGAGGGAGCGGGGAUGAGGAGGAGGACGAUGAGGGAGCCAUGAUCCGGCCGCCUCUGUAGGACGACGACGACGACGGCGACGGCGACGGCCAUGGCGUCCUGGUUGGGCGGUCUCGGGUCGGGGCUGGGCCAGUCCCUGGGCCAGGUGGGCGGCAGCCUGUCCUCCCUCACCGGACACAUCUCCAGCUUCACCAAGGACAUGCUGCUGGAGGGCGCCGGGGAGGUGGACGAUCCUGUAGCAGAACUUCAAGUUUCCAACUCUAGGAUGAAGGAAAUUGAAAUGAUUCAUACAACAUUGAGAUCAGAGAAUGAGAGAUUGAAGAAGGUUUGUAACGAUCUUGAAGAAAAGCAUGAGGCAGCAGAACUGCAAAUAAAACAGCAAUCCACAGACUAUCGUAACCAGUUACAACAGAAAGAGGUGGAAAUCAGUCAUCUAAAAGCAAGGCAGAAUGUCCUCCAGGAACAACUGCAGAAGUUAGAGACAGCUGCGCAGUCGGUACAGUUAGGAGCAGGUAGCUCCCCUUCAACUACUCUGUCAGCUUCCUUUGUUCCUGGCUUUAGUCAUGUUUCAGCUUUCCAUGGAGAUGACAUGGACUUUGGUGAUGUCAUCUGGUCACAGCAAGAGAUAAACAGGCUAUCAAAUGAAGUUGCAAGACUUGAAUCUGAAGUUGGCCAUUGGAGGCAGAUUGCUCAGGUUUCUAAAACACAGAAAUCUGAUAAUUCUGAUCAGAGCGAAAUCUGCAAACUGCAAAAUACCAUCAAGGAACUUAAGCAGAAUUUAAGUCAGGAAAUUGAUGAACAUCAGCAUGAGUUGUCAGUAUUGCAAGAUGCUCAUCACCAGAAAUUGGGAGAGAUAAGUCGUAGACACCGGGAAGAAUUGGGAGAAUAUGAAGAGCGAAUUGAAGAACUCGAAGAUCUGUUACAGAAAGGUGGCUCAGGGAUUGCAUUUACUGAUCGUUCUAAACUACAUGAAUUGCAGAAGAACAUUCAGAUUCUCCAUACUGAAAAAGAGGAGGCAAAAAAGAAUAUGCAAAAACUAGAGGAUAAAGUAAAAGAUAUAAAUCAAAAGUUGAUUUCUGCAGAAAAUGACAAGACAAUCCUGCUGAAAGAACAAGAACGGAUAAAAAUAGACAAAAGCCAGUUAGUCCAAGAAUGUGACAGACUGAAACUGGAGUUGAGUACAUUUCACAACAUUGGUGAGCAAGGAGCUUCUCCAGUGGAAAAAGAAAAAAAAUUCCCAUCUUCAGCAUCUAUGGAAGAAGAACUGCACCGAUUACAACAAGCACUCUCUGAUGCAGAAGAUGAAAUAACAAGAUUGAGUAACUUCAAUCAGGACAACGAUCUCAUUCAGGAACUUGAAAGAAGUAUGCAAGCCCUGAAAGAAGAAAAUUCUAAAUUAAGCAAAGGAAAGGAUGAGCUCCAGGAAGAACUGUUAAGCUUGCGGCUUGAAAGUGAAGCAGUGAAACCCAUGUGUAUUAGCGCAGAUUUGGAGUUGGAGUUAAGUAAUUUAAGGGAGAAUUUGGCAACAAGAGAACGUGAACUUAAUGAAAGUAUUAUUGAAAAAGAAACCCUAACGAUGGAAUUAGAAGAAUUGGACAAGCAGAAUCAAGAAGCUACAAAGCAUAUGAUUUUAAUGAAAGACCAACUAUCAAAACAGCAUAAUGAAGCUGAUAGUACCAUCAGUCAACUAAAAAUAGAUGUUGGCGAUGAAAGGAAGAGAGUUUCUGAACUUGAAGCUGAAAAGAUGGAAAUGGCUAAAGAACUAGAAACUCAGAAGGAAAAAUUAAUCCAGAGUGAAUUGGCUCUUAAUGAGUUGAAUACAAAUAAGCAGCAGCUUCAGAGUGAGAUUAUGGAUUUGGUAAAUCAACUGAAUGUAUCACAAGAGUGUAAUGCAAACUUUAAAAAGGAGAAUACAGAACUUAAGGGGCUUAUGAAGCAAAAUGAGGAAGAACUUUCUAUAGCCCGAAAUGAAUUGUCAAAGUUAGUUAAUAAAGAAUCGAAUAGUAAUUUGCAAGAUGUUUUACUUAAAGAAAGGGAAGUCGAAGUUAGAAAACUAAAUGAAACUCUUUUGGAAAAGAAACAACUAAAUGAAGGUCUGGAGAAAGCAGCUUUUGAUCUUAAAAUAGAAAAUGAGAAGCUGGUUUUAGACUGCGAAGCUGUUAAACAGCAGUUGCAAGAGGCGAUUGCCAGCAGGAGCCAGAUCUGCCUGGAGAAAGACACCAUUUUGGACGCCUUGAGGUUGGAGAAGGAGCAGUUGGAGUCAGAACUGAAUCAAUCUGAAAAGAGGCUGUCAGAACAAGCGCAGAAAUACGAGCGAACGAUCAAGGACCUAUCAAAUGCACGCAAUAUGGACACUUCUGCUUUACAAUUGGAACACGAGCGUUUAAUUAAGCUCAAUCAAGAGAAAGAUUUUGAGAUAGCAGGACUCAAAAGGAAUAUUGAGCAGAUGGAUGCAGACCAUCUAGAAACGAAGGAGAUGUUGACAACUAGUCUAGUGGGUCAAAAGCAGUUGGCAGAACUAAUAAAAGAGAAAGAUAAUUUUGUCCAACAACUUAAAGACAGAAGUUCAGCGUUACAGCAGGAGCUCAAUGAACAUAUUCAGGCCUCUAAAAGAAAUGAGGUUUUAAAACAAAACAUAGAAGACAAGGACAAAAGUCUGGCCGCCAUGAAAGAAGAAAACAAUCAUCUGAAAGAAGAGCUUGAACGACUCAGGGAUCAACAGAGUAGAUCUGUGCCCAUGGCCGAGCCAAAAACUCUAGAUAUCAUUACUGAACUGGAAACCGAGGUGGCCCAGUUGAAUGCGAUAAGGGACAGCCUCGAAGAAGAAGUAAAACUUCACCGAAAGACAAUCGAGGACCAAAAUCAGAAUGCAGUGCAGCUUUUACAGUCUCUACAAGAGCAGAAAAAGGAACUAGAUGAGUUCAAGUUCCAGCAUGAGCAAAUGAAUGUCACGCACAAGCAGCUAUUUCUAGAGAAAGAGGAAGAAAUAAAAAAUUUGCAUAAAACAAUUGAACAGAUCAAAAUUCAGUUACACAGUGAAAGGCAGGUCAUUCAGACAGAUCCUUCCGAUAAUUUUCAGGAAACCAAAGUCCAGACGCUCAGUGUGGAAAAUGGAAAUGAAAAACACGACUUGUCAAAAGUUGAAAUUGAAAGAUUAGUGAAAGGAAUCAAAGAGAGAGAGAUGGAGAUUAAGGUUCUAAAUGAAAAGAAUGUAUCUUUAACCAGACAAAUCGAUCAGUUGUCCAAGGAUGAAGUUGGGAAACUCACUCACAUCAUUCAGCAGAAAGAUUUGGAAAUCCAAGCUCUUCACGCAAGAGUUUCUUCUGCAUCCUACGUACAGGAUGUUGGUUACCUUCAACAGCAACUGCAAGCAUAUGCUAUGGAAAGAGAGCAGGUUUUGGCAGUGCUGAGUGAAAAAACCAGAGAGAACAGCCAGUUAAAAGCAGAGUAUCACAGAAUCGUAGAUAUAGUGGCUGCUAAGGAAGCCGCUCUGUUGAAGCUUCAAGAAGAAAACCAGAAGCUCUCUAGUAGAUUUGAAAGUAGUGGCCAGGACAUGUUUAGAGAGACCAUUCAAAAUUUAUCCCGUAUCAUCCGCGAGAAAGACAUUGAAAUCGAUGCAUUGACUCAAAAGUGUCAGACCCUUCUGACUGUCUUACAGACCUCCGGCACUGGCAACGAUAGUGAGCCAGGAGGUGUUAAUAGUAAUCAGUUUGAGGAGCUUUUGCAGGAACGGGAUAAGUUAAAACAGCAAGUAAAGAAGAUGGAAGAGUGGAAACAGCAAGUGAUGACAACUGUUCAGAACAUGCAGCAUGAGUCUGCUCAGCUUCAGGAGGAGCUCCAUAAACUUCAGGCCCAGGUUUUGGUUGACAGUGACAGCAAUUCCAAGCUCCAGGUGGAUUACAGUGGCUUGAUCCAGAGUUACGAGCAGAACGAAACCAAACUCAGGAGCUUUGGACAAGAGCUGGCCCAAGUCCAACACAGCAUAGGGCAACUUCAUAACACCAAGGACCUUCUUCUAGGAAAACUGGACAGGGUUUCGCCUCAACGGCCCCCUGGGUCAUCGAUGGCCACGCGGCCAUCAGAGAGUCCCUCGGAAACGCAGGGCGAGAACUCGAAACCACUGCAUCAAGAGUUAGAGCAACUGAAAAGGACAUUGCAGGAAAAAGAGGCUGCCAUUAGAACUCUCCAAGAAAAUAAUCACAGGCUGUCAGAUUCCAUUGCCGCAACAGCCGAGCUGGAAAGGAAGGGACAAGAGACGGCCGAUUCCGAGAUGAAGCAGAUAAAGGAAAAGCGGGACAUUUUGCAGAAAUCGCUUAAGGAAAAGGACCUCUUAAUCAAAUCAAAAAGUGAUCAGCUGCUUUCCGUCAGUGAAAACCUCACCAACAAAGCAAAUGAGAACGAGCUUUUAAAGCAGGCCGUAACAAACCUUAAAGAGAGAACUUUAAUUUUAGAAAUGGAUAUUCGAAAAUUGAAAGAAGAAAAUGAAAAAAUAUUAACAGGUUCCAGAGAAAAGGAAACUGAGUUUCGGGCCUUGCAGGAGACCAAUAUGCAGUUUUCAAUGAUGCUGAAAGAAAAGGAGUUUGAGUCUCACUCGAUGAAGGAAAAAGCCCUUGCUUUGGAAAAACUACUGAAGGAGAAAGAACAGGGUAAGACUGGCGAAUUGAAUCAACUCUUAAAUGAAGUUAAAUCCAUGCAAGAGAAAGCAGUUAUGUUUCAGCAGGAGAGAGACCAAGUCAUGGUGGCUCUGAAGCAGAAACAAAUGGAAAGCAAUGCCCUACAGAAUGAGGUUCAACAUUUACAUGACAAAGAGUUACGUCUAAACCAAGAGCUGGAGAGGUUGCGUAACCACCUUUUAGAGACCGAGGACUCCUACACUCGUGAAGCUUUGGCCGCAGAAGAUCGAGAAAACAAGCUAAAAAAGAAAGUCUCGUUAUUGGAGGAAAAGUUAGUUUCUUCUUCUAAUGCAGUGGAAAGUGCAAGCCAUCAAGCCAGUCUGCAGGUGGAAUCUUUGCAAGAGCAGUUGAACCUGGUUUCUAGGCAGAGAGAUGAAAGUGCACAUCAGCUCUCCGUCUCACAGGACCAAGUGAAACAGUAUGCGUUGUCACUGGCCAACCUCCAGAUGGUGUUAGAGCAGUUUCAGCAGGAGGAAAAGGCCAUGUAUUCAGCUGAAUUAGAAAAGCAUCAGAAGCAGAUUUCAGAGUGGAAAACAAAAGCAGAGAAUCUGGAGGGCCAAGUGUCUUCAUUACAGGAAAGUUUGGACGAAGCAAAUGCUGCUUUGGACUCAGCUUCAAGGCUUACAGAACAAUUGGACCUCAAGGAAGAACAGAUUGAAGGACUUAAAAAAGAAGGUGAGCUCCGACAAGAGAUGCUAGAUGACGUACAAAACAAAUUGUUGAAUUUAAUAAACAGCACAGAAGGAAAAGUAGACAAGGUUCUAAUGAGAAACCUUUUCAUUGGCCACUUCCAUACACCAAAAAAUAAACGUCACGAAGUAUUGAAAUUAAUGGGAAGUAUCCUGGGGAUCGAACGAGAGGAAAUGGAACAGUUGUUGAAUGAAGACCAACAUGGUGUCACUAGAUGGAUGACUGGUUGGUUUGGUGGAGGAACUGGAUCCAAAAGUGUCCCCAAUACACCAAUGAGACCCCCCCAGCAAUCCGUUUUCAAUAAUUCCUUUUCAGAACUUUUUGUGAAGUUUCUGGAGACUGAAUCCCGUCCCACUCUUCCCCCACCCAAGCUCUCCGUUCGUGACAUGAAACCAUUGGAUUCCCCAGCGAGAGGAAAAACAGCUAACACCACGGCCAGCAACUUUACAGACACCAGAGGACCCAGAUCCAGUAGAAGACCAGAUGUGAAUCCAUUCUUGGCACCCCGUUCGGCAGCUGUGCCUCUCAUCACUCCAGCUGUGAUUGGAGCGGGCGGAUCUGGGCAUCUGCUUAUGAAACCCAUUUCAGAUGCUCUACCAACGUUUACACCUCUGCCAGUGUUACCUGACAAUAGUGCUGGCGCUGUGCUCAAAGACCUCUUAAAGCAAUAGAUGAGGCUGGAUCCCGAUUCGAGAUAUAGCACUUUAAGGAAACAUAAACACUAUUUCUAUACAACCUGCCACAAAGAGGCCUUUUGAGAAAAGUCAUGUACUCAUUGUCAGUGGUACACGUGAUUUCAGUCAUUUGAAUUCUAAAUAUCACAAGAGUUGGUGCACCCCACAUAAAUGUGUCCUUUGCCCCUCCAUGAAUUUGAAAGCUCUUCGAACCUGGAGGAGUUUGAUUUGGCUUGCUUUCACUGAAAGAAGUACUCGAGGCCAGAGUUCAGAAAUCUUAAAUGGUCAUCUUUGGGCUCCCCUUUGGUAGUUCAGAAAAACCCAUCCAAAGCAUGUUCUAACUUGCUUUAAAAGACUUCAUAUAAGCAAGCCAGAAAAAGAUUAAAAUGCUUUCUCCUUACAGAAGUUAGCCCUACUGGGUUGCAGGAACAUUUUGGGGAAUUCAACUAUUGUAGAGAACUGUAUAGUGAUUUUUUUUUUUCCAGAUUCCAGAACAACUAGAAAUUUAUACUUCAAGAUGGUAGGGGCUGUCCUGCCCAAGGGCAAGAGCGAUUAUUGACAUUGGGGCAUGUCCAGAUCCACCAUUUCAAAUCAGGGACUUCUUGGAAGCCCUUCCCAAUCAAAAAAUCUAGAAUUGUGUUAGCAGUCUCAUUGUGAUCACAUUUUAAAAAUAUUGAGGCAGUUAGGUGUCUGUUUUGCAACUCUUGAAGGUAACAACUCCAAAUACCUAAUUUUGUGCAAAAGUGAUUUUAAGUGCAUCUUUUAGCUUCAAGAUGCUUGGUUCUAGCCUCUUUCUCUUUAGAGGGCCAUUUUGCAGCAUAGUGAUCUGGAGUUAAAUAUUCCCAAUGUAAUGGCCAUUUUGGGCAGUGAAAUAAUUAAACUACCAGCACCAAGGAGUUUGAAAAUGAAGCUUCUAUGGUUCUUUCACUUUAUACAGAAUCCUCAUAAAAUUGUCAAAUAAUCGUGACCAGGAAUAUAAUCAACAGGAUGUUCAUAUUUGUAUUGAAGUUGUCUAAGAUGUACAUUUGAAAAGACUUUUCUUGGAAAAUUUUGUAGAUUUGAAUAUAGAUUAAAAUAAUAAACAUAUGUAUAGAAAUUAGACGGGAAAAACCCUUAACCCAAAUAUGUAAAUAAACUUGGCAAAUCCCCGAGCCAAAUCUGACUGUUUGUAAAUUUUCCAAAGUGAAUUGAACACUUUAUAAUGUAUGAGGCCAACUGGAAGUAUUUGAUAAGUAAAAGUUGCCUUCCUGGAAAAUGACUUCAUAUGGGACAAUGCUGCUUCAUCUUAAAAUGUUAGUUACCUAACUUGUUUGUAUUCCCAUUCCUCCAGUAGUCAGUGUUAAAGGAAGUUGUCAUUCAAGUUCUAUAUUAGAACUGCCGAACUUUCCUCCUAGUUUUUUGCCCAUUAGUGUUUCCCUUUAAAAGUCUUAGAGUUGCAGGAUUUAUUUAAAGUGAAUCCUCUAAGCACGAUUUUAUGGACCCUGCCAAAAGAGUAAAUGCAGCAAAUCUUUGUUUCCAUUAUUUAGUUGUUGAAAUUAAAGGACAGAAUCCUUCGAUUUAAUUUUUUUCUGGCAAAAUUUCUUGAACAAAUGUCUUCAUUUGUUGUGAAAAAAGUCUGGAUUUUUUUCAUAACAGAGCAUUUAGUAUUCUAUGAGUUUGAAAUCGGUCGGCGAAAUUGAAAAUGAAGUUAGUGUUCGAUUAGUUGUAUUUUUUGCAAUCACUAAGUGCUGUCUCUCUCCUGGUAUGAAAAUGCCUCUUGUGUUCUGAGUAAAAAUGAAUGUGUUCUUCCAGUCUUGAAAUUUGGUUUCCAGAAGUACAUUGUACAUCUUUGAUGAAAUACCAAAGAAGCAACGUUAUAAAAUUUAUUUUUAAUUUCCUCAGUAGUUUCUUCAUUUCUUCUUCUUUGUCCUUUCAAGUGCUUCUGAUGAAGAUAGCUAAGGAUGCUAAUAAUGUUUAAUAUACGCAUUGAAGUGCCGUCUCUGUGGAGCAGCUGAAAUAGCUUUUCCUAAAACUACAUUCUGUGGUGUCUGUGCAAUAAGUAGUUGACGUUUGGGUUGAGUAACGAAAUGUCACAUUUAUUUUGAAGAUGGAGGAAAAUGCAAAAAUGUUACUUCAUUGUUAAAUCUAUAAGUCAUUGUUAGUGCAUUACCAUUACAAAGGAGUAUGUGUGAGUUGUCUUUUGAGCAGAAUGACUGAUGCCAUUUUGACAGAUUCCUUCAUUUCGGAACCUUUUUCCCCUUCUGCUUAGGUUUUGAGCCCUAUGGAAGGCAGGGACUGUGUCCAACCUGGUUAUCUUGUGUCUACUGUAACACUUGGUACAGCACAUGUAGGCACUUAACGCAUUCGGUAAUUGAGGGGCUUAUUUUAAUUGUUAUUUAACUGAAGAUACCCAGUAGGGUCGUAUUGAGUCCAUUGCUUCAUUGUGUGUUUUACAUAAUCAUAAUUAACUAUGUGACAACUGCAUGUAACUCACCUCACUAUGGACUACAGUGUGUCCCAAAUCGUCCCCAGGCACCACUCUCCUUUACCUUAAAGGAUAUAUAAGUUCACUUUCAUAGGGAUGGCUAAGUCACUGUUUUUAAAAAUACACCUUACAAGGGUUUGGGGCUUGUUUCAUCUUUGCCCUCUGCAGUCCAACAGGAUCAAAUUGAAACAUUUUCAGAGCAGGGGUAGAAUGGAGCUCUCAGGAUUUAAGUGUUUAUUUCUUCCAUGUAAAUGUUUGAUACACUAUGUGACAGCCAAACCAUCUUGGUUCACCUCAGAUACCUUCCUUAAAAUUGUUAGUGUACAGGUGUUUUAAAAUGGUGUCAGAGGUUGGAUUCUUCCAACAAGUGGGCUUAGUAGACAAAGGUGAGACUUGUACAGCCCAAGUGGAAGAUGGAACAGUUAAUUUGCUCCAAGAAGACCAGCCAAAAGGCUGAUAAUUCCAAUCUUAAAAUUCUGCUUUGUCCCUGAAUUACUGUGUGCCGUCUCUGUGGAGCAAAUCAUUGGAUGAUUAUUCAGUUCUCCAUUUCCUACUGGGGUUCUAGUAUUAGCACAAAAACACUGCUUAAUUCCUAGAUGUUUUACCUGCUUUCUCUACUUUGGAAACUUACUGGAAUUUGGGGAUUGAGUUCUGAUGUCAUUCUCACAAUUUUUCACAACUUUCAUGUUUGUAUUUAUCAGGGUUCUAAAGGGUUCUUCACAUGGCCAUAUUUUAAAAAAUAUAUAAUCAUGCAUCAAAUACUGUAGUUUUUUUUUCCAUCUUGUGACAUUAUUAAUGUGAGGUGGGGAAAUGGUUAAGCAGUAACAAGCCGUAAUAUAAUUCAACAUUUCCUAAUUUAAACCUUUUUAAAGGAGAAUUUUGCUUAAGAGGAGAAAUAACUGUCAAAUCAACUGAAGAAAUAGGCCUGUAUUGUGGGGAGGGGAUGUUAGAGUUAUGUAGGAAAUGCUUUUUUUGAGCCAAGCUUAAGACUUAAGAAUUGUAUUUAGCAAAGAGUAGUUAAUGAGGUCUUUCUUGUAUGUUGUAGUAUUUGAGGUCUUUCACCCAGCUGAAUCUUUGGGCGGUAGUCUUUAAAUAUCAAAUAAGCUAGCAGUUAAACUAUAUAUUCCUGUGGAAAAAUAAAUGAUACUUUGAAUAUUCCGGCAUUUUUGCUCAUCUGUCAGUCUUUACAGUAUGAUUGUUUUUGCUUUGACUAAUACAGAAUUCUUUUUAGCAUUGUGAGAAUUAAGUAUUUGUUUAUCCUGAACCAGGAUAUUAAUAACUCAAAAUAAAGUCAUUUUUUUGUUAUUGGGCCACCAACUUAAAUAUUUCAGAAUUUCUCUGGAGUACUGCAAGUCCAAAACGUUCCAUAUAAAAUGAUACAUGUAACUUGGCAGUGCCUGAUGCACAAUAAAAAAAAUUAGUGAACA